AUGAGUGAUGCAGAUUUCAGCGAAGGAGACGAAGAUGUGGCAAUGGGCUCUCAAGCUGUGGUGGAUACAAGGAAGCAUGCACGUGCUCAGCAUAAUGCCUUGGAACGAAGGCGACGGGAUAAUAUCAAGGAUAUGUAUAGCGCAUUGAAGGAUACUAUACCUGGAAUGAGCGCUGAAAGGGCGUCGCGUGCCGUGGUGUUAAAAAAUGCUGUCGACAUGAUCACUCAAAUGGAAAAUCACCUGAAGAAAAUUGUUUCUGAGAACGAACAACUCGAGAAAGAAAACGCCGAACUGGAAGCUGAAAUAGCAAAAUAUGAAAAAGUUGUUUGCCAGUCAUCAACAACGGUAUCAGUACAUUUUUAUCAAAUCGUUUUGUCAACACAAACGAUGUUUCAGUUCUCAGUAUCGAAUUGA